AUGCAUCAGCAUCCCCGAUCAUCGGCGGUGCCCUCUCCGGCGCCAAACCUUCCCCUCAGACCGACAGCUCGGGACGACCGCAGAGAACAAGAAACCGUCCCGAGCUCCCCAACCGUCGAUAUGGGAUCUAAUUCUGCCAGAGGGCUGGGGAUAGAGCCGGGGCCUCAGCCAUCUGAGCAAGGGAGGAGCGCGGCACAGGGAAAGGAGGCACUGACACGGUUAAAUCAAAUAAUAUCGAACUAUCACACAAAAGCCGCUUUAAUUAUCCUACAUUCACGAGUUGCACUGCCUCCCUCAUUUAACAAGGGCUCCGAGUCCCCGAGAGUGAACCGCUGGUUCAAUGUUGAGUUAGAUGAUACAGAUGUCCUUCGGGAACCCCUGCGACCUUGGAGAACAUGCGAUGCAACGGACAAUCGACCACCACCCCUCGUUAUCGAAACAUACCUAGACACAAAGGGUCUCACAAAUAAUCAAAGUCUGGUGAUUCUUGAUGAGAACGGGAAGCGUUGGGAUGUGCGCGAAUCGCUCGCGGCGCUUGAGGGAUCCCGUGCAAAGGCAUACCAAUCGGAACAUGACGAGAUUAUCUUGGAGCGGUGGAGAAUCGAGUUGGGAGAGUCUUCAAGUAAGCUUCCGGCAGACUUGGGCUCUAUCUUGCCGACUGUGUAUAAGAAAAGCAUUGUGCUCUUCCGAUCCUUAUUCACCUACUCCAAGUUUUUGCCCGCAUGGAGAUUCUCUAAACGCAACAAAAAGUUGCGGCAGAGUCCAGCUCUCCAGAUGAAGUACCGUGUGGUAGAUGGGAGCGCUGCUCGUGAUGACCUCUCGGUGGAUCAUUUGACAGCCCCGUUGAGUGAGGGAAGCGAAAAAGUGGUGGACACCUACGGCUUUGGGGUCACUGAGUCGCCCGCAGGUCCCUUUUCAGUUCAAGUGACGUAUCGGACGAACUGCGAUUUCCGCGUUGACGACUCGGAAGCACUACUGAGCUCGCGGUUCAUGGGUGCUGACGACGAGAUCUUUCGUCCAUCAUUGCCUUCAGAUGAUACCAACCGCCCAAAUCCUGAAGUUGGUUCUGUGCCAACGGAGAGAAGGACCGUUGAGAAUCCGGAUUGCUCACGUGCAUAUGGCAGUCUCUCGACCUUCCAUCAGGUUGGCCCAACAACAGGUGCAAGUCCUAUAUCAGCACUUCAGACUCCUCCCCCUGCCAAAGUCGUUCCUUCGGGACGCGCUGCGCAGAUUGCUGGUGAAGGCGGAGGCUCAAACUUCCCACGCCGUCCCUCCAUUUCAUUCCAGCCCUUCAAAGCUCCCCCUCUUUCUGCUUCCCCAGCUCUAGCAGACUCUCCCCUAGGUGUGUCUCCCCGCAACAUGUCUUCACGCAUGCCCACAGCAACAUCUGCCGAUUCACGCGUCAUGCCGCCCCCUUCUUCUGCCGCUUCAGCGCGCAGGCCUAUAACCAUUGCAUCUGAACAAGCUAUAUCAUUCUCUAAUUCCGCAUCCCCGAAACCUGCUCCGAUAUCCCGGUACAGCAGUUCCUUCAGCCACCGACGAGGCCGCCUUUCUGCAGGGGCAAACAGAUUGGAAGACGAUAACUCCAGUGGCCGAGCUAGUGCAACAUCAUCUAAUGCACAACCCGGGUCCGGCCUACUCACGGAAGCUACAGGCACGAGUGCGGAGUCCAUUCAUGCAGAUGACGAGAAUAUAUCGGAUUUCUUGAAGAUGCUUGAUUCGAAGAAGGACUUGAUGAAUUUAUCUGCCUCCGCAUCUAUUCAGCCUGGUUCUAGGCAGCCAAACCCCACUGCAGCGGCUCUUGCGCGCUUCCGUGGUAUGCGAGAUUCAAAUGCCGCGUUGUCCGACUCAAUGUCACAGUCUAUGCAUCUGCAUCGCUCUUCCAUCUCUUCGAGCAAGCAACUAUCAGGAGUCCCACCGAUGGUCGCGGGCACUUCCAUCUCCACAGCUUCUUCUCCUGGGAAACCCAUAUCCCCCCAUACUCCUCACACUCCUGCUAUCCGCUCUCGGCUGAGCUCGAACAGUGUUGCGGAUGACAUUGAAACCGACCACCAUUCAAGAAUCCCUCGCAUACAGCACGACUCGCCGCUGGAAGAACAUCCCGGCAUGGAAACUACGCGAGGUCCUUCCUCUACCGCAGGUGCUAUCGACAUCCCGACAUCGCCGCGGAUUUUCGACCCUACUUACCGUCGCUCGAGCUCCGUAGCCUUGCGCCGGCCGCUUGUUACAAGCGAAGACGAUGAAAUCUUCCCAUUCGGCAUGCGAAGCCUCAGUCUGGGCGCCGACGAGCCCUCAAACACCACACUAGGUGCUGCCCAACAGCAGAACGAGUCCCAGAAAAGCCAACAAUCACUGGCUGAGGACCCAAGUGGCCCAUCUGGCUCCGCAGCGGGUCCGUACCGGGACAGUGCAUCCCUCCGCGGGCAAAUGUCUGGACCAACCAGCGCCUCAGCCUCCUCCAACCCCCAUGUCUAUCAGCCCCGGUUCGCCAGCUCUCGCGGCCGCGGCUAUUCGGGCGGGCAUUCCAUUAGCUCAGCAUCCAGCAGCCUCGCCCGGGGCGCCAACCUUGCCCCACACCUGGCGGAGCGCGACCAGGACCGCGAUGGCAAUGCUAGCGGAAGCAAUAGCGGCAACUCCACGCUGGAGACCCGUCGCAGUUCUGCGCAGCGGCCAGGCACGGGUCGAACGCUGUCCACACAGGCGCCCGAAGACGACGAGCCACUGCUUUUCGCUAUGAGCGACUUCGGCGCCUCGCGGCGCAGCCUGGAUGAAGGUAGACAUGGGAAUCACGGUGGGGCUGAAUCGGCCGCUGGGUCCCGGCGCGGUAGUGGGAGACGGGGAGCAGGGCUCCCUGGCUUCCAUGUUUGGUCGUGA